GUCCAUAAAUUAUAGCUUCACCACAUUUUCUUCUGUAGGUACUACAACCAUGGAUCGCGAUUAUGCCCCACUUUCGUCCAGCUGUGUAAAGAACCUUGUGGAUAAGCUUUUUGAUAAACGCAAAUUAGCAUCUCAAGAAAUCGAAAGAGUUGUCAAGGAUUAUAUUAGUCAAGAUAAGCUUUCAGAUAUUUCUCGAAUCAUUGGAUACUUCAGCCAGGACUUUAUUCAGUCUGCCAACCCUCAUACUCGAAAAGGUGGUUUAUUUGGUCUGGCUUCUGUAGCAAUCGGAUUAAAUGAGGACGCACGUUUUUUUCAUGGACCAAUAAUUUUACCUAUAAUUCGCACAUUCCAUGAUAACGACCCACGCGUGCGACAUUAUGCAUGUGAAGCCCUUUUCAAUGUGAUGAAAAUAACUAGAAAAGAGACGUUAAAUUAUUUGAGCGAUGUGCUUGAUGCCAUUAGUCGAGGUGUAUCGGACUCUGACUCCUCUGUUCGUCCCUCAGCCUUACAAUGUGAUAGACUUUUAAAGGAAAUUAUCAUGGAGACUGAAGUUUGUGACUUAACAGAUAUUGUCUUAUUACUGAAAGAACGUAUUUACACGAACAAUCCGUAUACUCGUCAGUUUAUUGUUUCUUGGAUCACUACCUUAUAUGCUAUACCUGGACUAAAAAUUUCUGUUUACUUGCCGCAAUUAUUGGAUGGGCUUUUCCGUAUACUUGGCGAUCCGAAUCCGGAUUUACGAAGACAAUGUGAAAUGCUUUUAACAGAUUUACUCAAAGAGAUUGAAGCUAAUCCAAAUGAAAUUGCAUUGGAUACAAUGAUCAACAGUUUAAUUGUGCACUGUCGACUUUCAGCAACAGCUUGUGCUUUGGCCGAUAUUGCUUUGAAGCCAUCAUCUCCACGUAACUCUCAGUUUUCUAAUCUCCUCAAUUCAUCAAUCGUUGUUGAUACAUCGGCUCAAAGUAUUAGUCUCACACAAACUGCUCAAAACACUUCUGAUUCGUGGUCCUUAAAAAGCGGAAAUAUAUGUAACGCACCAGAACAAUUAAAACAACGAGCGGCACUAAAGUGGAUAAAAACAUUUGUUGAAAUAGAUCCGCAUCACAUGCUUCCAUAUGCUUCAGGAAUUAUUGGUGCUGUUCUUCCCUGCUUUAUGCUCUGUGGACCAUCUGAUGCUUUACAAGAAAGGAAAGUUGCUCUCGAGACAGCUGUGUGCAUAAACGAAACGCUUUUGAAGGCUGUUAGAUUAUUCAAUUCAUGUACUAUGAAUAAUUUGGAUUCAUGCGAAUCAAUAGCUCACAGUGCAAUGGAUUCGCACCGAGUCUCAUUGAAUUCAGGAAACCAAAGUGAAUCGUUAGUCAAGUUUUCACAGGCUGAAAAUUCAACUAAACAGUUUACAGACUCAUCUCUUAACACCACAACUGAUACAUUAUCCGGUGGACAAAACAAUUCACAAAUUUUGUGCACAGAUGCAAUCUUAGAAGCUACUUUUCAACUUCUUAAUAAUUCAAGUUUAUUUACUCGCUUGGCAGCACUACGCUGGAUUACUGUACUUGCAGAAGUUUGUUCAUCUGAUGUUUUUUCUCAUGUUGAUCGUCUUUUACCAGAAAUGCUCAAACUAGUUUCUGAUCCUGCUGAUGAAAUGGUGCAUUCUACUAUUUCAUUGAUUGGAAAACUCAGUCAUCAUACUACUGUUGUUGGUAAUAAUUAUCACAACAAAGAAUCUGUUAUUUUACCUCAAGAACUAGUUAAGUUGCUUCAUGAUCCGGCUAUAGUGAAUGGACAAAAUAAUAGUCAGAUUUCUGAUUGUUCAAUGGAGACUUCAUCUCAAGAAUCAUUACCGUCAUCAUCUUCUGCUCCAAAUACAUUUUGUUUACGAUUUCUUUUGGACUUAGUCGAAUUGUUUAACAAAGAUUCAGAAUUAUUACGGAAACGUGGAGAUAUGAUUAUUACCGAUCUCUGUCAAGUUCUUGGUGCUGAUACGGUUUACUGCACCGUUUCAACAAUUAUUUCUUAUAUUAAACCAUUGGAAUCAGCAUUUGUGCUGGUACAAGCGUUGAAUCGGAUUCUUUUAACUCAACCAGUGUUACAUAAUUUCCGUAAACAAUUACGUUGUAUUAAUACGAAGGCCCAAUGUCAGUUGUUUGAAAAACUGUAUCGUGCUUGGUGUUAUAAUCCUGUUUCUCUGUUAGCACUAUGUAUGCUGACUGAAAAUUAUAAACAUUGUAGCCGUUUAGUGAAAUCAUUCGGAGAUAUUGUUAUUACUGUUGAAACUCUCUGUGAUAUGGAUCAGCUAAUUCAAAUGAUAGAAUCACCAAUAUUUUCCAGUCUUCGGAUGCAUAUGCUUGAUAAACGAUUCAGUGCUGAUCUUCGCGAAACUUUAUAUUGCCUACUUAUGUGUCUUCCACAAACAGAUGCCUUUCAGACACUUUGGCGACGCUUACAAUGCUUACCACCUGUGGAAUAUAUUUCAGAUAAUCCAGUUCGGAUUUCAAAAGGUCCCCAGUCUGCACAGAAUAUAACUAGUGUGUACAUCAACUUUAAUGAGUUAUUUGAUUACUUUCAUUCAAUUCAGAAGCAAUCUGAUGAAUAUCGUUUAAUGAAAAUGAUAAAUCACAAUAGGAAUGGAGCACAACCACAAAAUCAAAAUAGUUAUACAAUAUCCAAUGAAAAUCGUUCAAAUAGAGGUAGUCUUGGAAACGUUUUUAAUAAACUGGCUGUCUCCGAUGAAAAGCCAUCUGAUAAUAUAUAUCCAACUGAUAUUCAGAUGAAAAUUGAUCCUAAAAUCACUGUUUGUUCAGCUAAUGAUUAUCUUACUGCGGUAAAUUUGUUUGCUCCUUGUAAUAUUGUUUUAAUUAUUUUCGUGAAUUAAAUGAUAUUAAUCUUAAAGAUGCUCUCAGCAAGCACAAUAAUAGCUUCCCUACUUGCAGCAUAAUCUCCACGCAUUCUUAUAGCCUAUCAUGAUGACAGGAAACUUAAUGUAUGUAACUGUAAUGGCAUGUGCAAAGUGUUUUUAACUUACGAAAGCUAAUGUUUAAGUAUGAACUUCAUUUAUGGAAAAAAGUUCCAAACAAACCAUCUCUUCUUAGUGUCUUCUGAAUCGUUGCUGAGAAGUGAUUUCAGGCUUCACAUACCACUGUGAUUUAUGUUUUUCGUAUAUACAACCAAAACAAAUGCUUAUUGUGUACAUAAAAUUAGCUAUUUGUUUCUCUUUUUUCACCUUGGAUUGACUUUCCAAUGUUUUUAAGUGGAAGUUUUUAUCUAUUUCACAAGAUACUUCAUCAUUUUGUAAUUAUUCCAUUGAUUACUUUGCUCAUCUGCUACUCUCACUGUUCGAUUGUAAAUUCAUUUUCAACAUAGAUGUUUAUUGAUCCACGAUACCAUACAUCAUCUCAGCACAGCAAGAAGAGAGAAAUGGGACUAAUACCCAUAACAGUCAUCACAAUGAAAAGUAUAAUUAAAACAAACAAAUAAAAUUGAUUAAUGCGAAUUACAGAGUGAAUACUACCAUAGUUUUUAUUCUCGCUAAUAAUAUUGCUCUCACACUCUAGCAGACGGGUCGGAUAUUUCUUCAAAAAUGUUCUGUUAAAUUUGUCGAUGUGAUUCACAGUGUAGUAAGAUAUUUAUUUUUAAUUUGAGAAGACACACUAAUAAAGUUGAAUUUUCAUAUGUACUAUCGUUGAUGCAUACCUAGGUGCUUCAUAUUGAGUUUUAUCUAAUAUUAUUCUAAUAUUUUUUUUCGAAAUCUUUUUUAGAGUUUUGCCAAUCUAGGAAUAAACAUUGACUACGGUGCCCCAUUGAAUAUCGUUGAUUAGUUGGGUUUUUGUCGGAAUCGUUUGCAUGUUGAAUAUGAUGCUUUUUAUUGAUUUUUGGAUUUUUAUCUUUACAUACAAAUGACUCCAUGUGAUCACUUCUAUUUACGUGUACUAUGUUAAAUUGUGAUUUUUUAAUACUUCUGAAACUGCAUAUAACUGGUGAUUGAAAAUAUGAUACAUUUACGGUCACUUCAUUUAUUUUAACUUUUUCGUAAUUCUUAAAUAUGAUUUUUCUUCAUUACCAGUCUUUUGUUCUUUUGUCAACUGUGAUCAAUAAGACGAUUGAACUUUCUUGUUGGUGUCCUUUUACAACGGAUAAUUUUCAUUCCCAUAACGCAAUGCUUUUUCUUUUGUUAUAUAUAUUCGGUACUUUAUACAAUUUAUUUGCAUGGAUGUGCGCAGUUGAUGUUGAUCACGUGUGAUGAGGUAGCUUGUAAUUGUUGCUCAACUUCAAAUAGACUAAACAUCUAACGAGUGG